AUGGGUAUAACUGGCCAUUUUGAGUUUAAUAAUUUGCAAUGUUUGACCCAUGACAAGAAAUACGUGGAAUACGAAUAUUGUUAUUUGAAGUCCUUAAAUCGUACCUACAAAUACUGUUCGCUAAAAGCUGUUAUUCAUCAGUUACCAAUUCGAAGCCUUAAGGUGAAAUUCAAGGUUGUAAAGCGGGACACCCAAACCAUAUUUGACAAAUACAAUGGUACCAUAAAUGUCUGCAAGUUCUUUAAAGAUGGUCGAAAUCCAGCAGCUCGGAUUAUAUUUAGUGUAUUUACAGCAUAUUCAAAUAUGAAUCACACAUGUCCCUUCAAUCACGAUUUAAUGGUGGAGAAGUUGCCAGUGCAAUAUGUGAAUAGAGUUAUAGCAUCAUAUAUUCCGGAUGGUCGAUAUUUCCUGAAUAUGUCCUGGUAUACUGAAAAUAUUGCCCUUGCUGAUGUUAUUGUAUACUUUACAAAAUCCUAG